CGCAUGUCGCCUGUCAAGUGUGUGUUGGAGAGAAUCCAAGAGACAGAACCAACAUGGCGGCUGACGGGGUGGAGGCGAUGGAGAAUGAUAAGAAACAAGCUAAAGGGGAAGAGGAGAGCAAGGAACAUGGAGACGUCUCACCUGAAAUGUUGAUCAAGCAUCCUCUGCAGAACACUUGGACUCUGUGGUUCUUUAAGAUUGAAAACAACCGAACCUGGGAAGACUGUCAGAUGGAGAUUGCAAGCUUCAACACUGUGGAGGACUUCUGGGCAUUGUAUAACCACAUUGAGUCAGCAUCACAUUUGAAGCUGGGCUGUGAUUACUCUAUGUUCAAGCAAGGCAUUAAACCCAUGUGGGAGGAUGAGCACAACUGCCGAGGAGGACGCUGGCUCAUCAACCUGAACAAGCAGCAGCGAGCCACGGAGCUGGAUAACUUUUGGCUGGAAGUGCUUCUUUUGAUGAUUGGUGAAGCUUUCGCUGAGCACAGUGAUGAAGUGUGUGGUGCUGUGGUCAACGUACGCAGCAAGGGAGACAAGAUUGGAGUGUGGACAGCAGAUGUCAAGAAGGGUGAAAGCAUCCUCAAAAUUGGACACGUCCUAAAGGAGCGCCUUAACAUCCCCCGACACGUGACCAUUGGGUUCCAGGCACACAAGGACACCAUGGUCAAGUCUGGCUCCACGGCCAAAAAUAGGUUCACUGUCUGACACCAGCAGUGUUCCGUAGCCUCCAGUCUUGUACAGGUUUUACAGGCCUAGACACCAGCAUCUUCCAGUCCUGGUUCACACAAACUCCCAUGUCCGAGGAGAGAUUUUUCUUUUUAUUAUUAUCAUUUGUUUAAACAGGAGGUAGCUCUCUCUCUCUCUCUCUCUCUCUCUCUCUCUCUCUCUCUCUCUCUCUCUCUCUCUCUCUCUCUCUCUCUCUCUCUCUCUCUCCAGAUAUUGAGUCUUCUAGUAUCAGAGAACAAGGCUUAUUGCUGCAUAGGGUAAUUGUCACAGCACUAGAAAAAGGAAAUUGGUGUACAGUAUAUAGAGGUAAAUCUGCUAAAAACACUUUACAGUUUAUGUAUGUCUUGCUGACAUAAAGAAUGCACGUAGAUCAGGUGAACAAGGAAGGAUUUUAUCAUUGCUAUCAGGGAAGCUGGAGUUACUUUACUUUGGUCUUCUCUCACAGGCAAAAGAGAAUAUCAGUGCAAUUGUUGGAAAGUAAUUAAGUCAAUUACAUAAAUAUAUCUUCACCUGAAUUGUGUUUUUGGUUGAAAGGCAAGCUGGACAGGACCACAUAUAUAUUAUUCCUGUCAUGAUUGAUGCGUGAAGGAUUAGUUUCCCCUUGGUUCGGUAAUGGCAUAAUGAAAAUGGAAGUUUCAAAGUCAAGGGUUCUAUUAACUGUAACUUACAUUGAUAAUUAAUUAAUGAACUCAAGAUUCAUAUAAUAUAUAUAUAUAUAUAUAUAUAUAUAUAUAUAUAUAUAUAUAUAUAUAUAUAUAUAUAUAUAUAUUUGCAUUCUUCAGGGACUGAAUGAAUGUGUUUGGUAGAACAUAGAAAAGCCAUGAUAGUUAUGCAUUUCAUCAGUUAUAUAUUAUGCAAUCCCAAGAUGUUUCUAAUAUGUCAAAUGCAGGAUAUUUUCAUAAUGUAACUGUGUUGUAGCAUGUACUCCUGUAGUGAACCUGAGAAUGGUGACUGCUGGAACUGAGGGGAAUGUUCUUUAUGGAGAGGCAUGAAAGUUGUGAUGUGUGGUGUGUGAGGGAUCCACAGUGGUUGGCAGUGCUCCUGGUAUGAGUGUCAAGCUAAUUACUGUGGGUCAAGAUUGAUUUAGCAAUACCAUGGUAGGAAUAAUAGAUGGGAAUUUGGAUUAUUAUAAUUUUUUUAUUUUAUUUUUUUAAUUGCAUCAUUGAGAUGUAUGAGAAUGGUCUGUCUGUCCUGUGUAACAUAUAUGUAAUGUGAUUGCUCCACGGUUGGCUUCUCAGAUAACUUUGUUACCUUGUAACCUAGACUUUGUAGAGUGAUGCAUUCCGGCACCACUGCUGCCGGAACCAUCACUCCAGAACCUGUCCUGUCGCACCGAACCUUUCAUUGAUACAUUGUCUUGUUAUGUUGUUUGGAAGUGCUAAUACUGUUUGUUGCAAGUGUCCAAGCAGUGUUGAGUGUGGGUGACCACAGUGUACAGAGACACUGAUAUCAAGAGCAAGAUUUAUACCUUGUUGCUUUCUUUGGAUGUUAAGUGAUCUUGGAUUUUCACGUUAAUUCAGAAAUUGAACAGCCUUACAUGAAGGACUUUCAUUGGAGCCAAACUUGGGGUAGGUCACUGUGAAUGAUGCAGUGUGUAAAUGCAGCACCAAACUAGGCCCAAGGAAAUGACACCUGUAUGGAAUGCACUAUUGCAGAUUGUUCAUUACUAAGAGUGGCUCUGCUUCUAUACUGGUUUCAUUUCCUUCACUUUGGUGUCUCGUUAUAUAAACUGUUAAAUUCUGUGAUAGACCUUAAUAUUAUUACAUGUAAAUAAGAAAGUUAAUCAAGUUUGCUCUUGGGAGUCAACUAGAAGGCAGAAGCUUUUAGUUUCCUUUAUUUAUAUUUCUGCUUGUUUGCAAGCAUUUGAGUUCAAUGUUUUCACUAAUUUUGUAAUCAUGCAGCUACUGUGUUUUCUAUGAGCACAUUUUCAAAAGAUCGAAAAUGUUUGUGGAGGUGCAUUUGUCCUGUCCUGGAAGCAUUUUAUCAAACCUCUCUUCAUUUUGCCUACAGUAGUACAGGAAUGUAAUGUCCUUUAUAUACGACACUGUACUAUAGAUCUGUAGACAUGAUGAAUAUGGAGUUGCAUAAUCAACUUUGAAGUGGACUACUUUCAAAGUGUUUGCUUAAUAAUGUGCAAUUAAAGCCCCCUGACUAAUUUGGUUUUGACUUUAGAUUGAACUUGGUUGAUAGAAGGAAACUUUUUGCUUAUCUUUGAUAUGUGUGUGAUAACUGGCUUCUAAUAUACCACCAAAAUAAACAAGUCACAGGCUCCAUUUUCAAGCUUUACCAUAGAACCUCUGUACCUUGUGAUCUGAGCAGGUAGUUACCUCACUGUCCUGUAAUGGCCCUGCUGCGGCGACUGUGGGGCAGCUAGUAAAUCUGAUCCAAAUAGGAUGACCUGUUUUUCAGGGAGUCUCAUAGAGAAACUAGAGGUGAUCUUUUUCCAAGCCUUAUUCAGUGUCACUUGGAAAAAGAUGAAAAGAUCAUUUUUGACUUUUGAAAUUUCAGAAGGUACUGCUAUUUCAUAUAAAAAUUGAAAAUUGGAAAAAAAUGUGUAGUCAUAGAUAUCCUUUUGUAAUAAACCUAGGUGUUAUAAAA